GGGUGCUGUAAACAGUACGUUGGCGGUUCACACCAGUUCAGAAGUAAGGUAUCUUAAAUUGCACUCGACAAUGUUGUGAAUACUUUAAAAUGCUUGAAGCCAUACUUGAUGCCUUCCAUAACGUGUAAAGUAAGAAGUUAGCCUGUGUUAAAAAGUGGUGAUCCCUGCAGAUUACCAAGGCAUCCAGUCUCCCAGCAAGUGCCAAGAGGCAUUCAUUCAAUGCUCCGCUGACACCAAUUUGCCCAAAGAUAGAAAUCAAAAACGUCACAAGACAGAAUAGUGAGCUGCAUGCACUUAUCACAGAGUAUAAAGUCACUCCCUCAGAGGAAAAAGACAAGGAUGGCAUGUCUUCAUGUGAGAACUCAGAAGCUAAAUGUACAGAUACCAAGGGGAAAUUGCUGGGUCAAGUGGCUACACUGACAUCUGAGGUUAGCAGGUUGGAGAGUGAGUGCAGCAGUCUUCAGGUUCAGCUAGACUGUGAGAGGGAUAAGUAUAACAAACUGCUGGGAGAAUCUCUUGCUCAUGAAAAGUUGUCUGAAGAUGUCAUAACUGAACCAAAAGGAGAAACAACAGGAUUGGGAGGAACUGAGCUUUAACAGAAGCUGCAACAACUGCAGGAGGCUCACAGGGUCCUGGAGAGCAGGUUAACUUGCAGCAUGAAGGAGGUGGCUGAGCUAAGUGACAGGAAGUAGCAGCUUAAGCAUGCUGUAGUGCAUGAGAAGACAGAGUCCAUCGGUGUGUGCAUGUUUUUUGCUCAUUUGAAUCAUCUGUAAAAGUGAAGUGGAGGAAGUGUUUACUGUUUACUGUAUGCCAUUUCCUUGGUCUUUUAAUGAAGAAUUUUAUCCUUCUUCAGGUGACUACAUCACCAUCUACCAGUUGCAGCGAGGAGUGAUGAAGCAACAAGCUCGAGAACGCGAGUUAGACCUUGCCAGCCUCCAUCAUGAAUGAGAGGAAAUGAAGCAAAACCACUCUGCAGGAUUUGAUAUCAAAGCUGGUGCAGGGAAAAGGAAGCAGAUCAUGACCCUUCAGCAGCUCGAGAAGAUAAGCAGCGUCCUUAAGAGUCCAGUUGCUAUCUUUAGCAGUGUUGGAACCAGUGAGUCUGAGACACCCACCACCAGUGGAAAGGUGGCUGACGAGCGCCUCAAGCACUCUGAAAAGGUGGAGCAACAACAAGAAACAGAAAAUUGCAUCCAUCAUUCUUUGCCUGAGGAGGGAAUUGAUGCUCUGUUGACCCUUCACACUGAUGUCCCUCAUGAGGAGGGGAGAAUAUGAAUCCUACAGAACUUGCCCAUAGGAAGACCAAAACUGUUACUGCUGCCACACUGCCACCACUUCCACUGACACCAAAAGCCCAACUGUGCAGAGAAUCCUGGACCUCCGCAAUGAAAUGGAGUCCACCAGUCACCUGGAGCACUUUAGCCUCCAAAAGUUCCAUCCGUGUCCAUUGUGUUUGGGUAAACUUAUCACUGUAUAAGGGGACAAGUAUCAGUGUAUGGUUACUAUAUACUCAUUUGUACUUAAAGAUGUCAUGUCACAUCAUUCUCUCUCUCUCUCUCUCUCUCUCUCUCUCUCUCUCUCUCUCUCUCUCUCUCUCUCUCUCUCUCUCUCUCUCUC